AUGAUUAACAUAAUGAAUAGAGCCUAUGGUGUGAGAAAUGCCUAUAAACAAAGAUAGAUGUCUUAAACGUAAUUUCAAUUUAUGAAGCAGAGUCAAGAAUAGAAAAAUAAUAAAAUAGACAUUGCUUGAAUUACAUUUCUAUCUCAAAUAAAAACUAAAGUAUAUUGAUGAAUUUUUAAUGAUCAUAAAAAUAUAAUUUUAAAUAUUAGAAUAAUCUAUAAAAGAUACUGAAAAAAGAAUAAAUUUAUGGAAGGAUCAAUUAAUAAAAGUUAGAGAUGACCAGUGUACAUAUAGCUUAAUACAAGAACAUUCCAAUUUAGAUAAGGAAGAAAAUUAAUGGGGGCAAGAAAAAUAAUUGAUUUCUCAAAAUUAAAUAAAUGUUAUUGAUUAACUUCAUAGUAUUACUAAUUGUUGAUGAAAUCUAACUCUAAAUUUAGAACAUUGUAAAAUCACACGAGCAACUUUAUACUAAUAUCUAAAUCCCUUUAUCUAAUCAACUAAUACAAGUUAGAAUAAAUGCAACUUUAAAAAGAAAAUCUAUCAUAAAACGAAGGAUUUUACAACAAACUCUUUAACAAAUUAGUUUAAGAGAUAAGAUAAAAUGAAAUAUGUUAUGCUAUAGGAUUAAUAAAAAUGAUUCUAUAAUGGCCGCUGGAUAUAAUUAAUGUAUAAAGAUAUGGAAGAUAGAAAAUGAAAAAUUAUUUGAUUCAUAAAUUAAUUUAUUAGGGAAAUCAGAAGUGGAUUUUGCUAUUUUCAUAGCUUUUAGUAAAAGAAAAAAUCUCUUUGUUUAUGAAAUUUAUGAUUGUAGUAUAAGAAUAUGGUUUGAGAUUGUGA